AUGGCGAUCCCCAAACCGUUCCUUACUGGCGUCAUUGGCGCAGCUGUGUCGCUGCAGUUGUUGAUUCUUGCCAAUAUGAGUUACUUGUACGGUACGGCCUAUCGUGACGGCUCGCGAUUCAGCACAAUGAAAAUGUUGUAUGUUGACUAUGACGGGGGAGUUGUUGGUCAGUCUGUGACAGUGGCCUACGACCAAAUGAGAGGCCCCGGAUUUCCAUCUCUUCACGAACACUCUCAAGAAGAGUAUCCGACGAGGCAAGACAUUCAAGAAGCGGUCUGCAAAGGCGACUACUGGGGAGCGAUCUAUUCCGGCCGCGAUGCCUCGUCCCGACUAGCUGGCGCACUAUUCUCCUCAGAGACUGCUGAAGCUUAUGAUAACUCUCAGGCGCUAGGCUACGUCUAUAGCAGUACCAAAUAUCCGGCUUACUCACAAAUCGUGUCCUCGGAUCUGAUACAGCUUGCUCAGGCUGCAGCCGGCGUCUACAAGCAGACGAACCUCACCACAACCCUGAGUGCAAUCAACAUCUCCGACCCUUAUGUCGCGCAAACGCUCCUCGACCCGAUAUCCUUCACCCCAACCGAUAUAAGCCCCAUGAACCAAGGCGUCCGAUUCUACUACAACACCGUCUCAAUGGUCAUGCCCAUCAUCAUCCAAUUCUUCUUCAUAAUGGCCAUGAACGGUAUCUCCAUGCAAAACAACAUGUUCGACACUUUCUCCGCUAGACGAAACACUAUCCUCCGGUUCAUCAUAUCCAUCUGCUACACAUUCAUCGCCGCCCUCGUCAUGACCGGAUAUAUCUGGGCGUUCCGCGAGCACUGGGCCGUCUCAUCCGGACAGUUUGCCUUAACCUGGAUGGCCAUUUGGCUCGCCAUGCACGUCCACUUCCUGCUCAUCGACUUCGCCACCGCCGUCAUUCCAAUGCCCUUUGUGCCGUUCUUCGUCUUGACCUGGAUCAUCCUCAAUGUCUCAAGUACUAUCGGGCCGUUCGAGCUGUCUCCGGGCUUCUACCGCAUUGGAUAUGUGUUCCCGGCACAUUCGCUCUACGAGAUCCUGCUUCAGAUCUGGACGGAUGGAUGCAAUCCACAUCUGUACAGGGCACUGCCCAUCUUGUGGUGCGAGUGGAUUGUGGGGGUUGUCUUGUUCGUGGUGGGCAUGGGGCUCCGGACAAAGGCCUCUUUCAAGACGUUGCUCAGCAAGGAGAAGAGUGAAGCAUGA